AUGAAUAUCGCUGCUCUGGAAAAUGGUGACUUCUUCGUCAACGAUCCUCAAUGGGCCAUUGAUUUUGCACCAAAUGGCACUCGCGUUGUUGAAGGCGACCUUCUUACCCGGAAACGAUAUGCCAAUACUUUGGAAAUCAUAGCCAAUCACGGAUCCAAGGGCUUUUAUGAAGGAGAUAUUGCAAAAUACAAUGUUGCUGCCAUUCAAGCCGCCAAUGGAACUAUGACCCUCGAAGACAUGCAAAAUUACAAAGUAUCUAUUAGAAACACUCUCAGUAUCACAUACCGCGGCUAUAAACUUUUCUCUAGCGGGGCUCCAAGCGGAGGAUCUGUUGCCCUUAGCAUUCUCAAAAUUAUCGAAUCAUACAAUAUGAGCGACCCAAAUUCUGUAGAACUCAAUACCCACCGAUUCGAUGAAGCAAUGCGCUUUUCUUAUGCAGCCCGAGCGGAACUCGGCGAUCCUGACUUCUUCAGUUACAUGGAUAAAUUUGAGGAACAAAUGCUCAAAGAGAAGACUGCUUCGGCAAUCAGAGAACGUAUUUCUGAUGACCGCACGCACGAACCAUCUUACUACUCACCAACCCACUACAUGCUUCCAGAAAAUCAUGGGACGUCUCACAUCGUCGCAACAGACAAGUCUGGACUAUCUAUCACGCUUACUUCAACCGUCAACCUGCUGUUCGGCUCCCAGCUCAUCGUGCCUGAGACUGGCGUCGUCAUGAACAACGAAAUGAACGACUUCUCGAUCCCCGGUGUGUCGAAUGAAUUCGGCUUCGUCCCAUCACCAAUCAACUUCAUCAGACCCUUCAAGCGCCCACUUUCAUCUUGCUCACCAGUUAUCGUAGAGCACCCCAAUGGAACGAUGUAUCUCACCAUUGGCGCCGCUGGAGGAAGUCGUAUAAUCACGGCAACAGCACAAUCAAUUAUGCACGUCCUAGACCACGGCCAUACUUUGCCACAGGCACUUGACGAGCGCAGAAUUCACGAUCAAUUACUACCCAAUAUCUCGACUGUGGAACUUGGAUUCGACAAAAAAGUUGUUGAGAGUCUACAACAAAAGGGUCACAAUAUGACUUGGGUAUCAGGAUUCUUUUCUUCUGUUCAGGGUGUCAGACGGUUGGGUAAUGGCACUUUCGAGGCGGCUGGUGAACCAAGACAGAAGAACAGUGGGGGACUUGCUUGUUGA